GCUGAGUUUUUUAAGAAGCAAGAGAUUCUUAAGUCUGGGGCCCUAAGUCAAGACUUUGUCAAGCAUUGUAACUGAGUCUUGUAGGCUAGGUUGCUUUAGAGCUCAGGAUCGGGAUUGAGGAUUUUAUUGGUAGAGGGAACUCCCUGAUGAAGAGACUUCCUCUGCCAGUGUUAGUCAUUCAGUCAGCAAGUAUUUAUUAAGCCCUCCUUAUAGGCCAGGUCCUGUUCUAAGCAUGGCAAACACAAUGAGAGGCAAAAAUAGUCUUUGUUAUCAAGGAGUUCAUAUUCUAAGGAGGGAGACAAGGUUCAUAGAAUUCUGUGCAUACAAGAUAUGUCCAUUCUAAAUGGAAGAAUUUCAGGUCGUGAAGGCACUAGCAAUUGGGGGUAGGGUGGGGAAGACCAAGAAAAAUCUCCUGGAAAAGUUGGGAUUUGACUUUUGAAGGAAAACCCAGGCUGAAGUGGGGAGGAAGACAAUUCCAGGCCCCUGGCUGACAGCCAGGGAAAAGACCUACACUAAGAGACAAAGUGACCUGUUCCAGGAAAUCCAAGCAGGCCUGUGUCACUGGAUUGGAGAGUGAAUGGUGGAAGGGAGUACUUAGAUGUUUCCUACUGAACAGAACUUUUGUUUUGAUCCUAAAGGUCAUAGGGAGCUCAUGGAGUUUAUUGAGUGUUGAGUGAGGGUGGGGCGAUAUUUUGGCCCCUAAGAGGAGAUGUAUUGGAGUGGCUAGAGAUACUUGAGGCAUAGAGGCCAGUCAGAAAGCUUUUGCAAUAGAUAGUUCAGGCACAAGGUGAUAAAGGCCUGCAAAGUACUGCAGCUUUGUGAGUGGAGAGAUGGGAAAGGUAGAAGCUAUGAGCAGAGAGCCUUGGCAGUGGAUUGACAAGGUGAGGGUGAGUGUAAAUAAGGAAGGAGCUGAGGAUAGGGCUUCUCUGCAGCCUGUGGUCUUAGAGAGUUGCCUGGGCUCUGGAGACCCUGAGGACUUUUGUCAGAGGGGAAUUCUGGUCUUCCAGGCUCCAAGGCCAGUUUUGUCAAGAACACUCACUCUGCCCUGGUGCUGCUCCAGUAGGAUGGAGAGAGGCAGAGUGGGAGAAGAUGUUCAAGCAGAAAUGUAUGAAAGUGAUGAAACGUCUUUUUGGAAUAAUGGCAAAUGUUGACCCUAUCAGGGGCGAGCAGGAGAUAAGCCUGAGAAGGUCCAGUAAGCAGGGCCACUCAAUGGAUGGGAUACUGGGCAGAAGAGUUAGGUGUGGUCUUGGUGGUGAUUGAAGACUAGGAAACUCGCCAGAUUAAAGCCAGUGCUUUUACUCUAGUAAGGCUGCUUAGGUAGCAGUGAUCACAGAGCUAGAAGGGACCGCAAACAAGAGUCAUCUCCCCAAGUCUUCUUGUGACCAAGCUAAACUCCCCCAGUUUCUUCAACCCAAGCUAUGACAUGGACUGAAGGCUCUUCACCAUCUUGUUUGUGCUUCUCUGAGUAAUCUCCAUUUUUUCAAUUUCCUUCCCAAAAUAUGGUGUCUGGAAUUGAACACACAGUACCCUAAAUGUGGUUUGGCCAAAUCAAUACCUCUCCAUGUCUGGACAUUACCUAAAGUGUGCAUGAGCCUUGAUGGAUAUUGUCUAUUCAUACUGUAGACUCGUUGAGCUAAACCAACAGCCUCAUGUCUUUUUAAAGGAACUGUUUUAAGUUCCCCUUAUCCCAAUCUUGUCUUUGUGAAGAUGAUGUGUUUUAACUAAAGUGUAAGGCAUUUGUCCUGACUAAAUUUCUUCUUGUUAGAUUUGGCCCAGUGUCCCAACUCGUUGAGAUUUUGUUUUUCGGCUCUUGGUUGCCCCGUAGUGUGACAGCGAUCUCUCCUAACUUGGUGUCUUCUGCACAGCUGAUUGUAGAGGAUUGCACCUGACCUAGGCAGGACAUAGCAAAGGUCUAGGUCAUGUUGGUGGCAUUUGGCAUUUGAAAGGAAGCUGUAGAUCAGAAAGACUUGGGGACCUGGCAACCAAGAGGAUGACAGGAAAAGAAAGAGCCAGAAGAUGACUCUGGAGUUGUGACUUUGGAUGGCUAGAAGAACCACGAAGCCAUUAAUAGAAACCGAGAAGUGUGGAGGAAGAAGACUCGGGAGAUAGGUGGUUGUAGAGUGUGAAAUGCUGUUGGGACAUCAUGGUGUGUGCCAGCACUUUCUUUUUUUUUUUUUUUGCAGGGCAAUUGGGGUUAAGUGACUUGCCCAGUGUCACACAGCUAGUAAGUGUUAAGUGUCUGAGGCCGGAUUUGAACUCAGGUACUCCUGAAUCCAGGGCCGGUGCUCUAUCCACUGCGCCAUCUAGCUGCCCCUCAGCACUUUCAAAUACAUUGAAGCCCUGGAUGAGGAAGUUGCAGACAUUCAAUACUGCUGCCCCUUGUAAGAAUGUCCGGCAGUUAACAAAUGGGGUUGCCAUGGCGCAAGUUCUUCAUCAGAUAGAUGUUGCUUGGUUUAAUGAAUCUUGGUUAGGCCGAAUCAAAGAAGAUGUUGGUGACAAUUGGAGAAUAAAGGCUAGUAAUUUGAAGAAGGUUCUUCAAGGAAUUACGAGCUAUUAUCAUGAGUUUUUAGGUCAACAGAUUUCUGAAGAACUUAUACCUGAUUUAAGCCAAAUAACUGAACGCUCAGAUCCUACGGAGCUCGGCAGGCUCCUACAGCUUAUUUUAGGCUGUGCAGUCAACUGUGAAAAGAAACAAGAACACAUUCAGAAAAUUAUGACCCUUGAAGAAUCUGUUCAGCAUGUUGUGAUGACGGCAAUUCAGGAGUUAAUGAGUAAAGAAAUAGUGAGCUGUGCUUCAAGUGAUGCUGGAGAGCUAGAACAUCAGCUUAAAAGAGCCUUAGAAGAACUUCAGGAUGCAUUAGCAGAAAAAGAGGAACUAAAGCAAAGAUGCCAAGAACUAGACAUGCAGGUGACCGCUCUUCAAGACGAGAAGAACACCCUGGUGUCUGAGAACGAGAUGAUGAACGAGAGGCUGGACCAAUUGGAUGGCUCUUUGGAAGACCCAAACACCGUGGUGGCAAAGAAGUACUUUCAUGCCCAGUUACAACUAGAGCAGCUCCAAGAAGAGAACUUCCGGCUGGAGGCGGCCAAGGACGAUUACCGACUUCACUGUGAGGAGCUCGAGAAGCAGCUGAUUGAGUUUCAGCAUCGGAACGAUGAGCUGACGAGUCUGGCCGAGGAGACGCGAGCCCUGAAGGACGAGAUCGACGUUCUCAGGACUACCUCUGAUAAAGCAAGUAAACUGGAAUCCACAGUCGAAGUCUAUCGUCAAAAGCUACAAGAUCUGAAUGACCUAAGGAGGCAGGUGAAGUCGCUGCAGGACACCAACAUGAUGUACAUGCAUAACACGGUCAGCUUGGAGGAGGAGCUCAAGAAGGCCAAUGCUGCCCGCACCCAACUGGAAAUGUACAAGAGGCAGGUUCAGGAACUUCAUCUUAAACUCUCUGCUGAAUCCAAAAGAGCUGACACGUUAGCCUUUGAGAUGAAACGCCUGGAAGAGAAGCAUGAAGCUUUACUUAAGGAAAAAGAUAGGCUGAUCAUCCAGCGUGAUGCUCUGAAAGAGACCAAUGAGGAGCUGCGGUGUUCCCAAGUGCAGCAGGAUCACCUCAGUCAGGCAGGUACCUCUGUCUCAACAAGUUAUGAGAACCUUGCUGCUGAAAUUAUGCCAGUAGAAUAUAGAGAAGUGUUUAUUCGCCUUCAGCAUGAAAAUAAGAUGCUUCGAUUACAGCAGGAAGGUUCUGAAAAUGAACGGAUUGCGGAGCUCCAAGAACAGCUGGAGCAGAAACACCGGAAGACCAGUGAGAUGGAGACGGAGCAAAGGCUUAGCAAAGACUAUAUCAGAGGUUUGCAGCAGCAGAUAGAAGACCUUCAGAAGACUCUCCAGGAACAAGGGCCCAAGCCUGAAGGGGAAAGUUCCAGCAAAUUAAAGCAGCAGCUGGAAGCUCAUAUGGAAAAGCUUACGGAAGUCCAUGAAGAAUUACAGAAGAAGCAAGAACUUAUUGAAGAUCUUCAGCCUGAUGUGACUCAAAAUGUACAAAAGAUAAAUGAACUUGAAGCUGCCCUACAGAAGAAAGAUGAAGAUAUGAAAGCAAUGGAAGAGAGAUAUAAAAUGUACCUAGAGAAAGCCAGAAAUGUAAUUAGAACCUUGGAUCCCAAAUUAAAUCCAGCAUCAGCUGAAAUAAUGCUACUGAGAAAGCACCUGGCAGAGAAAGACAGAAGGAUCGAGAUACUGGAGAGUGAAUGUAAGGUAGCAAAAUUCCGUGAUUAUGAAGAGAAACUCAUUGUGUCUGCCUGGUAUAAUAAGGCAAUACACAAAAUGGCCUAACAAAGGAGUCUACCAUCAUCAUGAGAGAAUCCAGAUGGAUGAAGGGAUGCCCUCUGGAUGCUCCUGUUUGAGGUGAUGUGGAUCAUAAAGCAUGCAGCCCCAGAACACUGCAGAGCCCCAUCCAUGAGGGCGUGAUCAUUCAGAGCAUUGAAUGAAGACUGAUGCCCCAUGUCCCCAUGACCAUGCAUAUGGAUCAGCAUGCACAGCUCACAGGGCAGAGCCGCAAGAGCUCAGAUUAUACAGAAAGAGGAUUGCUUAUGAGGACCAGGACCCCAGGCUUUGGCCUGCAACAAAGGUCCAUUUUCGUUGCUCUUGUUUUGUUUUUUCCAAGUAAGCACUGAUCUUUUUCUGCCUUGAAGAAAUAAAAGGGGGAAAACCUUUGUAACAAUAUUCCAUGGUCUGAUGAGAAAGCAUACUUCCCACUUCCUGUCAGAAAGGCAGUAGAAUCAAUAAGCAGGAGAUGAACAUUUUUGGACAGGCAGUGUGGUAACUUGUGCUGGAAAGACCGGUGUUCUGGUGAUGCUGCAUGUCUGUGAGUCCUGAAAUUCUUUGAAGAAUUAAAGUUGAGGGUCCUCUCAAGGGAAAUGGAGAUGUGCAUGGCAGAUAAGAGGAAAAAUGAGCUGUUGUACAAGAGAAUUAACAUAAAGGAUGAUGUUGCCAGCAUUUGUGAGUAGAAAAAAGAUGAGCCAGUUACAUAGUGAGAAGGGAGGAUGAUCAGUGUGCAGCCCAUAUUCCCUUUGCUAGACGCACCAUGUCAGGAGAGCCGCCUCCUCUCACUUCAGCUUGAUGCUAUAAUACAAGGAGUCCUCACGCUAAGAAGAUUAUAGACCUGUGGAAGUAGGAACAGGGUGGCUUAAAAAAAUCUUUGGGAUAAAAAUCCAUAAUUGGCUUUCUAACUUAGAUACUUGACUUUGAAGCUGUUUUUUUUCUUCUGUUGAAUUAUUGUUGUGCUGUUUAAACUAAGAAGGGGGAAAGCAAAUAGAAAUAAAAAAACUUCUACAAUCUGUUAAUACUUCCUAAUAAUCAUUAUUAUAAUAACACUAUUAUUAAGGCACGAGAGUAUUGUUCACAUAGUCCAGCUGUAGAACCAGAAAUGGAGGUGUGGGCUUCAGAUCGGGAUGAUGAGACAGAGGGAAAGGUCCCUUUCAGCAGUGCAGAAUGGUGUUGGACCAGUAGUCUCCUCCACUCCCCAUUGCAUUGGCAUAUUCAUUCACUAUCCUGAUGUUUCUAUAAGCUAGCUGCUGGAGGAAAGGACAAAUUAACUUUGACAUGAGGAUCUAAGAGUUUUCUGGCUUGCCUUAAUGAGAAUUUCUUUUUUUUAUCAAUUUUUAUUGAAUAUUUUUCUUUUUUAUGUCAUCAGGAUUUCUUCCCAGUAUCGCCUUCUUAGAGAGGUAUCCCAUGUAACAAAUAGUAUAUUUUUAAAGAGUAAAAAAAAAAAAGGAAAACAAUUGGCAUAAUUGAUCGAUACUUUGAAAAACAAUCAGCAUAACUGAUCAAUACUUUGAAAAAGUGUGAGAAAUUAGGCAACACUUAUGGAUGUCUCACCUUUGCAAAGGAAUGGGAGAGGGGUCUUUUCAUUGUUCUUCUCUCAAGCCAGGCUCAAUUGUUAGAUCUUUUCAGCAUUCACUUUGUUUGAUUGUGUGUGGUGGUCCUGGGUCUUUCCAUUUAUGUUGUUGUAGACAUUUUAUGCAUUGUUUACUUGGCUUUGGUGACUUUGCUUUUGGUCAGUUCAAGUAGCUCUUUCCAAGCUUUUCCCGUAUUUGUUAUAUUCAUCAUUAUAGUCAUAGUCUUCAUUUUGUUUAGACAUUCCCCAUUGACAUCUUCUGUGUUUCUGAUUUUUUGCCAUAACAAAAAGGGGUAAUAUAAGUAUUUUGUUAUACAGGGGAACUUGCUUCUUAUCAGUGGCUUCCUUUGUAAUGAAGCCCAGUCAUGAAAUUUCAAGGCCAAAUUUAGUCACAUUAUUUGUACAACACCAAACUGCUUUCCUGAACAAGUUGUAUUGAUUCCCAGCUCUUCCAGCAAUAUACCAGCGUGCCCCUCUUCCCACAAUCCCUCCAGCACCGACUAUUGCCAUGUUUUGUCAUCUUUGUCAUUUGGCAGGGUGUGAGGGGAAACCUCGGGGUUGUUUUGAUUUGCAUUUCUCAUCUUAGCAGUGAUCUGUAGUGCUUUUUCAGGUGGUUAUUAAGAGUUUUCAAUUCUUUUGAGACGGGUUUGUUCUCAUCCUUUGACCAUUUGUCAUCUUGAUAAUUGCCUUCUUUAAAAGGAAGCACCAGUUAGGAAAACAUCUGUUCAAGAUCUGAUUCUCACCAACAAGAAGUGUUAGGUUCCUCGUGGGAAAACGUCUGCUGUUUUCUAGAUUUUGUGAUAGGGAAAGAAGCUAGUUGCUGCUGACAUGAUCCUUUGCUUUUGGGAGAGCAUGUUUCAUUGCCGUCAGAGAACCACAGAAGAGCCUAGAAUGUUCUGGGUGGGAGGGUUAACCCAUGUCAACCGGACAGAACCAGCCUCUGACUUGUGAAUGACCAGAACCAAACAGAGCAGGCUAGAGACAGGUGAGUUAGGAAUUAAAGAGAAGUUUGAUUUUCAGAGAGGAAAAAAGGCUUGCAAGCAAGGCACAUAUGGGGGGGGCCCUGCCCCUAGUGGGGGGGGGCGGAAGCAGUAUAGAGAGAUCCCAAUAAUUACACUAGUGGCUGCCCAUUGAGCUGUAGCUUUGGCAAUGAGGGAUAACAGCAAAAAUGUGACAAGUUUGAUUGAUUGCAGGACUUUUCGAAUUUGUCCUCUGCUUGUCGUUGAUCAGAGAACACCUGGUAAUUGUGUGAUUCUUCCAGAGGGUGAGAUCAUACAGAGAGUGAUUACAAAGGAUUGUUGUCCUGCCAAGCUCAGGGCACAGCUUGUAUGCUGGACCUUACCUCUGGAAAAAUCAGGGGUCUCUUAAUAUUUUGUCAUUUUCCCCUUUUGGCCAAAGGGAGGGGGUCUGAAAGAGCCCAGGGGGGUAGUUAAGUAUAUCCCAGGUAUCAUUGCUAGCCACUGUUUGCUUGCAAGCAGAAAAAGUGGGGCAAGAAUGCAGAGAGGGAAAAUGCCAACACACACUUGAAUCAGGGUCUUGGUGGCUAAGCACAUAACAAAAGGAAAGAGUAUUAAAAUUGUAAAAUGUUCAUACUUGCAUCUUAUAAUAGUUCCAGUAUCUACCUAUUGUUUAAUAGAAUUAGUAUUGUACUUACAAAACUUGAUUAUAGAAAUUUUCUAUAAUUGGACAUAGUCAUAGGGUGUUAAAAACAAGGCUCAGGGUUAACCAGGUGGGAAUUUUCAUUUUCAGAAAGGAAAGAGCACAGUAGGGAAAUAGAGUCAUAAGGAUCUUACCUUGAGCCUGGCCAAAGUUGUGCCCCAAACUUUUCCCAGGCACAAAUAACCACUUUUAGUUGUUCCUAGACUGCAACACAUGCCAUUUUCUAUUAUUGACUUCAUGACAAAACAGACAACUAUCCCUGUAAUCAAAGCUUAAAAUAAUAGAGAUUACAGUCCCAGGAAUUUUUACUUUAAAUAGCAAAAUUUCACUAACUACAACUUGGGGCUUGAAUGUCUUUCCUGAUGUUUCCCUAACAGUUAACAUUUCAUUUAUCCUUUCCUUAUGAAUUAAAACUACCCUUAUUCUGGGGCUUCAUACAUACAGCAAAUAACUGAUAGUUGACUCAUCAUUAAUGUGUCAAAGCUACAUCUUUAAACUACCUUAUACACUUUCAUAAUAGCCAAGAUUUUUAAAUGAAAAUUCACUUAAAUAUUAAAAUAUUUAACAGUUUUCAAAUAUCUAUUUUAAUCACAUCCUUUUAAAAGCCCAAUUCAUGUGUAACAGUAUCCGGAUAAAAAAAUUGUUUUGUCUAACAUUCAUUCUUGUUACAAUGGUCUCUCAAAUUUCACAAUAUAAGAGAAUUUAGAAAUGACAAUAACACAAACAAUAUCAUGCAUUUGAAACAUGAAACAAAACUUCAGAAGAUAUCAAUUGCACUUCUAAAUUAUUGCAUAUAAAAAUCAUUGAUCUAUAUUACCUUUGACAUUUUAAAACCACUUUUAAAUAAUCAGGUAUGAAACAAUUACAUUCAGUUAAAUAAAUAAUAGUAAUAUGGUGCUUAUCAUAUGUUAGUCACUGUGUUAAGCACUUUACCAUCAUUAUAUCAUUUUGAUUUCACAACAGCCUUUGGAGGUGGGUACCAUUAUGAUUUUUCUCUUUACAGAUCAGGAAACUGGGGCAGAGUAAGAUAACAUGCCUAAGAUUACACAGCUAAUAAAUUUCUGCAACCAGAACAUGAUUCGUUUUCCUAGAUUUUCCAGCAAUUUUUUUAAACACCUGUAUUUGGGAAUCUGAUCUGAGAUGAGAGGGGUUAAGAGAAUAAGAGGGAGAGGGUGUCUGACAAGAGAUUUUUGGUUUAAAUAAUCUUUUCUUUUUUCAUGGUCAGAAAUGUCAAGGAAGGUUUAACAAGCAGUUGCUUUAAAGUGCAAACCCUUACCAUUUUUUUUCUUUCUUCACUGUAGGAUUAUUUCCAAACUAGUUGCCUUCCUUCAUUGUCCUAGAACAAUGAAGCUAUCAAUCUUCAGAGGAAUUGCCAUUUUACAUUUAACUUUUAUAAUUUUUUAAAAAUAAAAUUUAAUCCUUAUUCUUCCUUAAAACAAAUUCUACGGAGUGAUACCCCCAAACUUACUAAGAUAUUUCAGAAAAGACUGAGUUCCUGGAAUUAUUCCAACCUCAGGAGUUUUCCUCUGCAAUCUUACAAUGAUUAAUCUCCAAAUGUCCAGAAUCUGCUCAGAUCUUUUUAGUUCUACAAACUUUAAUUAUCUGACCAUUUCUGUAAUUCCAACUUAGCCCAUGUUGACAUAACAAGAAAAGUGUUUUUCAGGCUUUUCCUCUUAUAACUUAAUCUCCCGCAGAAAGCAGAGAGUCGGAGUCACUCCUGCAUCCAGAGGUAACUGCUUCAAAUAUGAGAGUUCACUGAUCUCUCCCAGUGUCCUAAACUCUUUAGCUGCAGCCCUUAGAAGUUUCUUCUGGCUGACUGCGCUUUAAAUCUUUCAAGGGAACAGAAUCUACAAACAGCACAAACAAGACACAGACAUUUUACAAAAACACACCGACAAAAUGACAGGACAGAUACAGGCACAAAGCUAGAAGUGUCACAGAAACACCCCUUCUGCAACAAACACAGGCAGCAUUCCACAAAGACAAAUUAGACCACAGAUUCACAAAGCUCACAAUUAUAAUCUCAACUUAACUUUAACUGGUUCAGCAGAGGCACACAGUCUGCAUGGGGGGAACCCAACAGAGGCACACAGUUUGCAUGGGGGGGAACCCAACAGAGGCACACAGUCUGCAUGGGGGGGAACCCAACAGAGGCACACAGUUUGCAUGGGGGGAACCCAACAGAGGCACACAGUUUGCAUGGGGGGAACCCA